CGGCCGACCACCGGAAACAGCUAGUCGCUCCGUAGCCACCGAAGGGGCGGGCUCGAGGGCUGAGGCAAUCGUAGCGGCUCGGUGGUGUAAGAUGGCGGACAUCUCCUUGGAUGAGCUUAUCCGGAAGCGCGGGGCUGCGGCGAAGGGGCGGCUCAAUGUCAGACCAGGAGCUGGAGGUGUCCGAUCACGUGUUGGGAUCCAGCAGAGCCUCCUCAGCCAGCCAGCACGCACAGCUACCUUCCAGCAGAGAUUUGACGCCCGGCAGAAGAUAGGCCUCUCAGAUGCCCGGCUCAAGCUGGGAGUAAAGGAUGCCCGAGAAAAGCUGUUGCAGAAAGAUGCUCGUUUCCGGAUCAAAGGGAAAGUGCAGGAUGCCAGAGAGAUGCUGAACUCCCGCAAGCAGCAGAGCACAGUGCCCCAGAAACCCCGCCAGGUGACCGAUGCUCGGGAGAAGCUCAGCUUGAAGCGGAAUUCCCCUGCUGCCUUCAUGAGCCCUCCCAUCGGGACGGUGACCCCAGCUUUGAAGCUCACUAAAACUAUCCAGGUUCCACAGCAAAAGACCAUGACACCACCUAAUGCCCAUCCUGCUGGAAUGAGGAUCAACGUCGUCAAUAACCAUCAGGCCAAACAGAAUUUAUACGACCUGGAUGAAGAUGAUGAUGUUGCAGCUCCCAUUCCUAGUAAACAGAUGAAAUUCACAGCCUCAGGCAGCUUUCUUCACCACGUGGCUGGACUGAGCGGUUCCAAGCUUUCCAUGGCCAAGGCCCUCCCUCUCACCAAAGUGGUUCAGAAUGAUGCCUACGCAGCUCCUGCUCUCCCCUCCUCUGUUCGAACGAAAGCCUUGACUAGCAUGUCGCGGACACUAGUGAACAAGGAGGAUUCCCCCAAAGAGCUGCCGCCCGCUGAGCCUGUCCUCAGUCCUUUGGAAGGUACCAAGAUGACUGUGAAUAAUCUGCACCCUCGAGUCACCGAAGAGGACAUUGUUGAGCUUUUCUGUGUAUGUGGGGCCCUGAAGCGAGCUCGGCUGGUCCAUCCUGGGGUAGCAGAGGUGGUCUUUGUAAAGAAGGACGACGCCAUCACUGCGUAUAAGAAAUAUAACAACCGGUGUCUGGACGGGCAACCAAUGAAGUGCAACCUUCACAUGAACGGGAACGUCAUCACCUCGGACCAGCCCAUCCUGCUACGGCUGAGUGACAGCCCCUCAGUGAAAAAGGAGAGCGAGCUGCCUCGCAGGGUGAAUUCUGCCACCUCAUCCAACCCUCCUGCCGAAGUGGACCCCGACACCAUCCUGAAGGCGCUCUUCAAGUCCUCGGGGGCCUCUGUGACCACACAGCCCACAGAAUUCAAAAUCAAACUCUGAGCGGCGGGAGAGUGAGGCAGCCAGAGCGGGGCGGAGGAGGGUGGCUCUGUUUCCCAAAGCAAAGCUUGUGACCAAUGGGCCGCUGGACUGGAGGCCCCUGAGGCGGGUAGAGAGCUUCCUCACUGGCGGACCCGCCUUCUGUGUUGUGUUCUGCCCCGUGCUCUUCUGUGCGUUAUUGUUUCCUGUAGUGUGUCUCUUCGCCCUCCACCUCAGCACCCAGGUAGGUCUGUGUUGCUCAGAGUGCCUCCCCGCCUAACCUCAGCCCCAGACUGAUUUCUGAUCUGGAAGUGGUGGCCUCGGUUCUCUGCGUGGCUUUCUUGUGGCUCCAUGGACUGCUGGGCAGGGGCUGUUUGAAGGACACAGCUUCCUCCAGGGGUGAGGGGUUGCCUCCCCUUUUUUAAACUUUUCAGACAGGGAAUGGAAGCCCCUGCCAUCCUAAUGGGAGCCAGGUCGGCUCCAGAGCUGUGCCACUCACCUGCCUGGGCAAUGGAGAUAGCCUGGGUGGGGGUCGGGUCACAGGCCUUUUGUCCUCUCCCGGUAAUUGGCUCCAGACUAGCCCGGUCUGGAGAGGGCCCAGUGGCCAGGACAAGGAGAAGCUGCUGCUCUGUCAGGAACAGGGCACCCGUGCUCUGGGCCUGGAGGGCCGUGCUUUGCUGUCACAGGCAAUCCAGAGGGAAUCUUGAGAGGUUAUGUUUCUCUUUUCCUCUGGAUAUGCCAAGUGCUCCACUCCAGCCCUUGGCUUCUGGAUAUCAGUGCUGGAAGGGCUUGCACUGUUAGCCCUUCCCAUUCUCCUAGCUCACACAUUACAUCCUGGUUCUGAUGGCAAUGCCAGCUCUCUGUAGUUCUGUGACAUUGUGGGUUUGGAGGGUUAUUGAAAGGGGAGAGGUUCGCUUGCUCCUGGCUUUUCCUUUCUGGUCUCCUGUGUCUACAAGACAAUAGUCAGGGAAGCUGAGAGGCAUAUAUCCAGCUGCCACCAAGGGGCACAACUUCACUAUUCUAAGUGACCCAUCCAUCCUUGACCAGAGGGGUAUUUUCCUGCCUUGGCAGUGAGAGGAGGGGAGAGGAUCGAGAGCAAAGCAGCCUUCCGGGCACGCACUGGGUUAUUCCCUCAGCGUGGUUCCAGGGAGUUGGGGCAAAACUAACAUCUGGGGGCAGGCCCUGAACACCAAGACAGCGUGACUCCAGUCAUGCCCAGUCUCCUACUGGUUUGUCGGGACUCUAAAGGGAGUCCAGCCUUGCAGAGCUAGAGAACGUUGGCGCAGCAGGAUUCUGGGAGCUUUACAGAAUCAGUAGCAGGUGCUAUGAAAGUCACAAGCCUAGAAAGUCAAGAGGGCCUGAGACACUAAGAGCAUCUCAUGAUCUGUUUGGGGCCAGCCCAGUGAAGAAAAACCUGGAAACUCAUGUUUCCACAGAGUUAAAUAUGUCAAGCAGGAAGGACCCAGGGUUUGGACUCAGCUCAGUCCUCCAGCUCUGAGGUUGCCCAGGCCUGGGAAGUCCAAGGAAUACAUAUGCUGAUGGUGCUCCACUUUCCAGUUCUGUAAAGAGUGCAGUUUUUGUUCUCUCCCUCCCGCUUGAACGGGUGCAGACUCAGAUCUCAGCAGCUGGAAGACGUUCCUCCUACACUGUCCCCUCUCGGCCUAGGAGAGCACCCAGGGCAGUAGGGCCUGGUUUCUUGGGACCCGAGCACAGUCUGGUCACUGCUCGGACUCUGUUUCCAGCAGAGGUGGUAACUACCUGCCCGCAUGGCUUUCCCCUCCCCGCUCCCCCCAGUCCCUGCCAGGCUGCUCUGGUUAUCACAGUUCAUUGAGCCAGUUGCAGCCGACUGGCCACGUGGCCCCGGUUCUCCUGAUAGCCGUGUGUACGUUGCGGGGUAAGCCCAGCCCGUUCACCUCCGCUGCUCUGCAGAGUGUCUUCUUGGGAAACCGGGAAGAGGUGGUGGGCCAAUCCUCGUUUCCCUCUUCACCUCCCACUCCCCUACGUUCCCUGUCCGUGUGUCUUGUUCGAAGGGAGAGGAAGAGGCAUUGAGAGAUGGAGGAGACUCUGUUACUUAAUCCAUUUCUGAAUAAACAUUUGUUAUUCCUA